AUGGGUUCACCUCGUGUUGGUAAAAGUCAACUUAUUAAUGCGAUAUGUAACGGUGAGAAUAAAGCUGAAACAAGUCCUAGUUUGAAUUCUUGCACGAAAGAAGUAACAUGUUAUUGUUUGGAAGAUAAUCAACAGCAAAUACCCGGUGUAAAACCAUUUCGAGUUAAUUUUUACGACACACCAGGUAUCGAAUCAUGGGAAAAUAAAGGUGGAGAAACAACUAUGCUCAAAUUUAUUGAAAAGAAAGAUCCUGUUUGUGUUAUCUAUUGUGCUGCACCUGGAACGUUCGCUGAUUUGUCACAAGUUCGUCCAGUAUUGAAAUUUUGUCAGGAAAAAAAGAUUUUUUGGACUUUUGUCUGUACGAAUAUGUGGUCGAAUGCCUCUCGAAAAGAUAUCAUUCGUGACUUUGAAAACGAAUUGACUAUAUUCGGUGAGGGUAUUGAAAAAUUCUUUGAUCAAUCACAUUCUCCAAUUCCUCACAAAGUAACAGUUUUUGGUACUAGUGCACUUUGUACAAUGGUCAACUCAAUUGAAUAUUACGAUCCUGAAUAUUCAUUGGAAAAAAAACCGGUACAAGGUAUUGACGAACUCAUUUAUUGUAUAAUGGAAGCACUUAAUAAUGAAAAAUUACUUGGCUGGUUUAAUGCUGUAUUAUACCGUCGUAGUUUUUGGGAAAAGUUUAACCAGAAGGUUAGUGGUUUUAUUUCGCUUCGUAUCAAAGAUAUACACAAUUUAAACAAUGAAUCGAUUCAGCCAAUUGUAGAAAAUAUGAUGAUGUAUAUUUCUAGCAUAAGCAAAAAACGUUAA